CCGCGGGACGCUCGAAAUGGACCGUUCCAUGUUCGAAUCCGCGGGCGGCGGGCGAAUCCAUUUUAGGGAGAGGGGUGAUCCGUGGUCUGGGGCCGCGGCGUGGUGGGAACGGUGCGAGGGGAAACCCUGCACUCUGAGCUGAGUUGGGGCGCGGGCAAGGUGCAGGCUCCGGGCAGGCCCUGGGGUUCCGCUGCUCGUUGCCAUGGCUCCCAGUGGAGCGCCCAGAGCGGAUGUGGGGCUGGGAAGUAAACGCUACUCCAGGCCCAGUUCUCCAGCCAGGCCUGGGCCUGGCCCCACGAGCACUGAAAAGCCCGCCUGUGGGUUUCCAGGCACAGGAGAUGCCGAAACAUCCCAGGUGCAGCCUGAACAAGCCACCUGGCUCCAUCUGUUAUUCGGCUCCCCUUGUGCAGCCUAGGGCUCUGCCCGGGCCACCACGGGCAGAGCAACAUGGCAGAGACACUGGAGUUCAACGACGUCUAUCAGGAGGUGAAAGGCUCCAUGAAUGAUGGUCGGCUGAGGUUGAGCCGCCAGGGCAUCAUCUUUAAGAAUAGCAAGACGGGUAAAGUGGACAACAUCCAGGCUGGGGAGUUAACAGAAGGCAUCUGGCGCCGUGUAGCUCUGGGUCAUGGACUUAAACUACUCACAAAGAAUGGCCAUGUCUACAAGUAUGAUGGCUUUCGAGAAUCGGAGUUUGAGAAACUCUCUGAUUUCUUCAAAACUCAUUAUCGCCUUGAACUAAUGGAGAAGGAUCUGUGUGUGAAGGGCUGGAACUGGGGGACAGUAAAGUUUGGUGGGCAGCUGCUUUCCUUUGACAUUGGUGACCAGCCGGUCUUUGAGAUACCCCUCAGCAACGUGUCCCAGUGCACCACAGGCAAGAAUGAGGUCACACUGGAAUUCCACCAGAAUGAUGAUGCAGAGGUGUCUCUCAUGGAGGUGCGCUUCUACGUCCCUCCCACACAAGAAGAUGGUGUGGAUCCUGUUGAGGCCUUUGCCCAGAACGUGUUGUCAAAGGCGGAUGUAAUCCAAGCCACUGGAGAUGCCAUCUGCAUCUUCCGGGAGCUACAGUGUCUGACUCCCCGUGGUCGUUAUGACAUUCGGAUCUACCCCACCUUUCUGCACCUGCACGGCAAGACUUUUGAUUACAAGAUCCCCUAUACCACGGUACUGCGUCUCUUUUUGCUGCCUCACAAGGACCAGCGCCAGAUGUUCUUUGUGAUCAGCUUGGAUCCCCCCAUCAAGCAGGGCCAAACCCGUUACCACUUCCUGAUCCUCCUCUUCUCCAAGGAUGAGGACAUCUCCUUGACUCUGAACAUGAACGAGGAAGAGGUGGAGAAGCGCUUUGAGGGGCGGCUCACCAAGAACAUGUCAGGAUCCCUCUACGAGAUGGUCAGCCGGGUCAUGAAAGCACUGGUGAACCGCAAGAUCACAGUCCCAGGCAACUUCCAAGGGCACUCAGGGGCCCAGUGCAUCACCUGUUCCUACAAGGCCAGCUCAGGACUGCUAUACCCGCUGGAGCGGGGCUUCAUCUAUGUCCACAAGCCACCUGUGCACAUCCGCUUCGAUGAGAUCUCCUUUGUCAACUUUGCCCGUGGCACCACCACCACUCGCUCCUUUGACUUUGAAAUUGAGACCAAACAGGGCACUCAGUAUACCUUCAGCAGCAUUGAGAGGGAGGAGUAUGGGAAGCUGUUUGAUUUUGUCAACGCAAAAAAGCUCAACAUUAAAAACCGAGGAUUGAAAGAGAAAAAAGAGGGCAUGAACCCCAGCUAUGACGAGUAUGCCGACUCUGAUGAAGACCAGCACGAUGCCUACUUGGAGAGGAUGAAGGAGGAGGGCAAGAUCCGGGAGGAGAAUGCCAACGACAGCAGCGAUGACUCGGGAGAAGAAACUGAUGAAUCAUUCAACCCAGGUGAAGAGGAGGAAGAUGUGGCAGAGGAGUUUGAUAGCAAUGCCUCAGCCAGCUCCUCCAGUAAUGAGGGUGACAGUGACCGGGAUGAGAAGAAGCGGAAACAGCUCAAAAAGGCCAAGAUGUCCAAGGAUCGCAAGAGCCGCAAGAAGCCUAUGGAGGUGAAGAAGGGCAAAGACCCCAAUGCCCCCAAGAGGCCCAUGUCUGCCUACAUGCUGUGGCUCAAUGCCAGUAGAGAGAAGAUCAAGUCAGACCAUCCUGGCAUCAGUAUCACAGAUCUUUCCAAGAAGGCAGGCGAGAUCUGGAAGGGAAUGUCCAAAGAGAAAAAAGAGGAGUGGGAUCGCAAGGCUGAGGAUGCCAGGAGGGAAUAUGAAAAAGCCAUGAAAGAAUAUGAAGGGGGCCGAGGCGAGUCUUCCAAGAGGGACAAGUCAAAAAAGAAGAAGAAAGUUAAGGUAAAGAUGGAGAAGAAAUCAACGCCCUCUAGAGGCUCCUCAUCAUCCAAGUCAUCCUCAAGGCAGCUAAGUGAGAGCUUCAAGAGCAAAGAAUUUGUGUCUAGUGAUGAGAGCUCUUCAGGAGAGAACAAGAGCAAAAAGAAGAGGAGGCGGAGUGAGGACUCCGAAGAAGAGGAACUAGCCAGUACUCCCCCCAGCUCAGAAGACUCAGCAUCUGGAUCUGAUGAGUAGAGAGGAGGAGGAUUCUCCCUCCUUGCGCUUGCCUUGUCACACCCCCAGGCUCCCCACCCAUGUUUUGGUACCAGUUUCUCCUCAAGAAUUGUAGCCCUUGGAUUCUGUGCCAUCUGAACAAGCUCUCCUGCUGGUAUGCACUUCACAGGGGCAGCAGGGGAGGCCUCUGCACUCUGCUGCUUCAUGAGGAUGGCUCUUUAUAAUUUGGAGAGAGACUGGGUGGGAGGCAGGGCAAUGCAGGAUCCAAAUCCUCAUCCUACUUUCCCGACCUUAGGGAUAUAGCUGCUGCUUGUCUUGUUCAAGUUGCUGCAGCAGGGGUCAUGUGAGGUCAGGCCUGUAGCUCCUAACUGGGGCCUAUUUCUACUUUUAUUUUGUAUUUCUGGUCUGUGAAAAUCAUUUAAUAAAGGGAACUGACUUUGGAAACUA